UAAAAAGGACAAGUGUGUGAAUGUUUGUUGCCUAAUUGUCGCUUUCGCGUUCCAUAUUAAGUUUAUGCAGGUCAAACGGUGCAAUCAAAGAGGAAGGAAAUGCAGUGGAAAUUCCCCCAGCCAUAAUUUAAUUUUUCGCAAUAUCGAGUGCUGUAAUUUUGUCUCCGAGCUGAAAAGCUCUAAAUUGAAAACCUUAGCUGUUGACUCUCGUUUCGUUUUAACAUGUGGCGACUCUGACAACCAAGAUGACGUACACAUUCUACAGUCAGUGUAUAAGGUUCGGUUGCUGAUCCCCAUAAGAUCUACGAUGGCAGAGGGACUAUCCCAUAACUCAACCUUACAAAGGUUUGGUGAGGAACAUUUAAUGUGCUCAAUCUGCCAUGAACUAUUCAAGGAACCAAAGACGUUAAAAUGCUUUCAUACGUUUUGUGAAAAAUGUCUCUUGACUUAUCAACAAUCACCCCGUAGGAAGGGAACAUGUCCAAUAUGUCGAAAGAUCACUGUUCCAGUACGAGGGUAUAUAUCAAGCCUCACAACAGACUUCAAAAUAACUAGUAUGGUUGAAACAAUAAAGAAGGAAGACCAACGAGCCAAGAAACAAGAAUCACCAACUUGCAAAACUCAUACAGGGAGAAAAUGUUGGGUGUAUUGUGAGGCUUGCAAUGAAUUCAUCUGUUUAACCUGUGUGACGGGAUGCCAUAAUGGCCACGCGGUUGAAGAAAUGAGCGAAACAGUCACAGACGAGAAAAGACAAUUUGUUGCCGACCAUAUUUCAAAAAUUGAAAAACUUCUUGUAAAUUUCAACCAGGCUUUAGAUACUGUUCCAAGAAUCGAACAAACAUUGCAGGUAGCAUUUGCGACCAGGAGAAAGGACGUAGAAGAUAAAGCGAUUGAAGAAAUAGCUAGAGUAAACUCAGACAAACAACUCAAACUUAGUGAACUAGAUACAAUUGAAAAAGAGAAAAAGUUUAGACUCUCUCAAUAUGCAGACAACCUGGAAGAUAAGAAGCGAAGUUUACAGAAUUUGAUGACGUACUCAAAACGUGCACUCCAAGUACACAAUAAUUGUGACUUCAUUAAAAGCUACAGUCCACUGACGAGGGAUUUUCAUACUCUAAAUGAAUAUAAAACUCAUCAGUUUGAAACAAAUCUGGCAAGCUUUCAAUCAACCAAUACUCUGGGUGUUUCUUUUGGGAAACUAAAACAAACACCCCUAUACCUGGAUAACAUUGAGAAAUUAGAACUCCUCCCACAUCAGUCACAAAGCCCGUGCAACAAGUGGAAGAAAAUACCGUCAGGAGUUUUAUGCGGUGGUAGAGGUGUUGCAGCACUACAUAACGGCUUUGUCGUAGCAGACCCAAGGGGUCAAGUCAUUGUCACCAAGUCAUCGUCGAAUACUGUGUGGAUGAAUUGCAAACCAAAUUACCCUCGAGAUGUAUCAGCUGUUGGCAGCUAUGUAAUCGCUGUAGACGAAACCAAGUUUGUUAAAGUAUACAGCAGGAAUAAGACAUCGAUCUCUCGAAAGUUUGUAACGGUCCAUGCGUCUGACGUUAAGAAGACUCAAGUAGAUCUUCGAUGUGUAGCUGUAAAGGAAGAUGGCGUUAUCGUUGUGGGUGAUGCAAAGAGUAAAGUUCUAAGCGAGCUGUCUCUCAUCGAUGGUAGCAUAAAACGUGUAGUUCCCGUACAAACACCACCGGAGUUUCUAGCUGUUAACAAGCACUCACAAAUGUUGGUUAUAUCUGGCGAAUAUAGUGGCACUGCUGAAGUGCUUGAUUCUGAUGGUAAAAGACAGUUAACCAUCACUCCUUAUGUCAAAAACGCUAAGGUGCGUUGCUGUACUGGUGUAUGCUGGAGUAAAUCAGGUAUUUACCUUGCCAUGCACAAUAAGGUAGAAGGGUCGGGUCAUGUACACCAUUACGAUGAUGAAGGCAUAUUCAUUGAGUGUGUGAUUCAAGGCUUAAUACUUCCACAAGGUAUCAGUCUAACAGAGGAUGAAACUCGGUUAAUUAUUGCGGACGAUCGCUCGGUUCAAAUGUUCUGUCGCAUUUAGAAGGGACAUGUUUAUAUAAAGCUGUUGUAAACAGGAACAUGAAAUUCCAUCGCAUUGUGUGUAAUUUUAUUACUGAUAUAAUUAACUUGAGGCGUGUUCACACUACCGAUUUGUAUGCGUUUUCUAUCAUUGAGAUAAAGUUUCGCGAGACAAAGAAAUAAAUGUGAUGUUAAAUAAUGUUGGUAAUCUGAUAUACAAUGUACAUGUAGGCCCUACUAUACUUUUGUUUGUGGUUAACUGGAGUCAACAAAUCAUGAGCUUUAAAUGUACAGAUGAAAGUUUGUAUCUAGACAAUUUAAAUUUUGCAAACGAAUCAAAUUUGUUAUUUAGUGAACCGUUCAAUCUCGAACUUGAUGUACUCUCAUAUUCCGAACUCGAUAUACUAGUCAUGUGACUUCAACUCCAUGUAGGCCCUAAUUGUUACUUUAAUUCGAUGUACUCUUUGCUAUAAAUAGAUGUACUAUUUGUUUAUUCUCUUUAUGUUUAAGCCUAAUGAACGUCUGAACACAAACAUGUUGAUGUUUUGUUUUAUGUUAAUAUUGUUAGCCUAAGUAAACGUAGUUUUGCUGGAAAAGAGUUAUUAUUGGUUUUCGCAUGUCUAACAACUCAUUGCGCCAAAAAUGAUCUAUGUACUUGAGAAAGUGGAACGGGAUUUUGAUGUAAUCGUUCUUUAAACAUUGAUAGAUUUGUAACAGUCUUUCGGCUUUCACAUUAUUGACAUUAUCAUAAUUUGUGGAACAUGACAUGCGAAAUGAUAAAAUA